AUGAAAGUGCAGCAGGGCUGCAACUCAUCAGCCAUGGGGAUCCCGGUUACAACUGAAGAAGAAUUGCGCAGAAAUACCGUAAUAACGCCCGACGAUGUGCUCGGGUUGCAGAAGAUCACCAAGAAUUAUCUUUGUUCUCCAGAAGAAAAUGUCCACAUGAUCGACUUCACCAGGUUUAAGAUCCGUGACAUGGAAACAGGGACGGUCCUGUUUGAGAUUACUAAACCUCCAACAGCAGAAGGCAGAAAGCACUGUGACCCCAACGCAGGCCGCUUUGUCCGAUACCAGUUCACCCCGGCCUUUCUGCAGUUGCGGCAGGUCGGAGCCACAGUUGAGUUCACAGUGGGAGACACACCCAUCAACAACUUCCGCAUGAUAGAGAGACACUACUUCCGCAAUCAGCUGCUCAAGAGCUUCGAUUUUGAGUUUGGCUUCUGCAUGCCCAGCAGCAAGAACACAUGUGAGCACAUCUACGAGUUCCCCGCGUUGUCUGAGGAAAUCAUGCGCGAGAUGAUCCUGCACCCUUACGAGACGCAGUCUGACAGCUUCUACUUUGUGGACAACAAGCUGGUGAUGCACAACAAGGCAGACUAUUCCUACAGUGGGGGGCCAUAGGAAGACCACCCUCCACCUUUCCCUCCUCCCUAGUCUAGACAUUUGACAUGACAUGUACCACUGUAGGACCAGAAACAGAUGAACUAACAGACAAUUCACUGGCAUUAAAUGCUCUUGUCUCCCUCCUGUUAACUGCAUCAUUUCUCAUUCAGGUAUUCAGCUGUCAGACCAAUAGAUUUCUCCCUUUGCCUCUUUGCAGGAACAUCGAAUUCUGCCAGUUUUCUCAUCAUUUUUGCAUCAAUGUGUGUGAGCGAGUGUGUGGGCAGCUAAGUGUCUGUACAUACUGUUGAUUUCAUUCUGUAUAUGUGGGUUCCACUUGAUCAUCAGCAAGACGUUACAUUUUGUGUGUUUCAAUAGCAAAUAAAAUAAAGAGAGAAAGGCGACAGUGAGUAAGAGACGCACCAUGAGACAUAAAGAGAAAUAAAGUUACCCAAAAAAAGUUAAUAAUAAUGAAUCCAUUCAGAUGUACAUUUAUAUAGUUUGUAUAGGAAGCUGAUUACAUUUUUACUCCAGAAGUUUCUUAAAUUUCUAGUAGCACACAUCUGAAUGAUUCAUUAUGUCAUCGUUCAUUUGAACGACCAACAGAAAUGUGUACUUUGUCAAUGUGAAUGUGUCAUUUGUUGUAAGUUUUCAUGUAGUACUACUAACCUACUUAAGAAGUAUUUUUUAAAUCCAUAGCCACUCUGAAGUGUCCAAAAAUCAAUACCAUACCAAUUUUGAUAUCCAGUACGUUCUCUGUAGUACUGAACACUGUGUAUACUUUAAUUAUGAU